AAGGCUAUCAUGACACAGUACAAAAUUUUUACUCUCAGAUCCAGAAUAGAAGACCAUGACAAUGACACUAGGAGUGGAUGCAUCUCAAACUGCAAAACCAAAGGGUAAACUAACUCGUCCGAAGCCGUGUUAUCUUUGGACUACGGCAGAUGUUCAAAAGUGGUUCAAGCGGCACUGUAGUGAAUAUUUUCAGCUAUAUUCCCAUCUUCUCAUUCAGCAUGACAUCACUGGCAAGGCCCUUGUGAGGAUGACGGAAGGAACCCUCAUCAGGCUAGGCAUAGCACAUCCAGAGCAUCUCGAGGCCAUAUGGCGUGAGAUUCUGAAGCUGAGGCUAAAGGCGGACAUUCAGGAGAUGAAAGAAAUUGAAAUGAGUUCCAUCAUCUCCUAAAGCAAAAAGAAGGGGAGGUAUGAGAGUGAUAAAAUCAAAUUCCAUUAUCUGCUUCUCUUUUGUGUGAUAAAAAAACAGUGUAGUAGCUUUAAUCUAAACAUAUAAAUA